AUGGAGAGACCCAACGUCCUAGACGUGCCGGACGAGAUGGCUUUGUCCAGAGAGAAAUUCUAUGCUGUUCUCGCUGCCCGGAUCCAACCAACUCACCGUCCACGGUGGUACCUCUCCGCACUUGCAUGUCUCGCGGCUUUGAAUCACCAGGACGAAGUCGCCUCACUAUACACGCUUCUGUUGAAGUCGUACAUACCGAAAGAGGAGCAAUUAGAUCUGACGAGGAAGAUCAGGGAGGCUCUGGUGAUUCUAGUUGGUAUUAUUGGAGCAGCAAAGAUUGGAAAUGCACUGAGAGCUUUAUCAGAAGUGACGCCAGAUGGACUCAGGGAUCCCACUUGCUACAGGAAGUGGGAAAAUCACGAACACGCGGUUGCUCGCGGCAGAGAUUUUGCGAAGAGCAUAUAUGGAGAGAAUAACGAACGAGGAAGGAGCUCGCGAAUCGCAAGUCCAGACUAUGAUUUCGUCGUGCUAGGUAAUGGAAACAUAGGAUUGUGA